AAACCGAUACAAUCCACCAAUCGCAGUCUUCCAAAUGCAUAAUACGGCGUCGCUUCCAGCAAGUGGAGUAGUUGACGGACGCUAUUCAAAGAUCAAAACCCUGAAACCCCAGCGAACAGCUAGUGAAAACUCAUUAUUUGUGAAUGGCUGUUUCUUUGAAAGCUGGCGGCUUUCUUGGUUUGAAGAAAUCUGAGAGACAUAGACUCGCUCGUUUUCCCUCUCGGAAAUCCUCAGUCUCCGUCAAGCGAAUCACGACAAUGGCUGCUCUCACCGUUGCACCUGUUGCUGGUCUCGCUGAGACUUUCUCCAAUUUGAGAAAGCAAGGCAAAGUGGCCUUGAUUCCUUACAUCACCGCCGGUGAUCCUGAUCUUUCAGUUACUGCGGAAGCUCUUAAGAUUCUGGCCUCAUCAGGAGCAGAUAUUAUCGAGCUAGGUGUUCCAUAUUCUGAUCCUUUGGCGGAUGGUCCUGUUAUUCAGGCUGCUGCCACCCGUUCCUUGGCAAGAGGGACCAACUUGGACUCAAUUAUAUCAAUGUUGAAGGAGGUGAUUCCUCAAUUAUCUUCCCCUAUUGCCAUGUUCACAUACUACAACCCGAUUCUUAAGCGUGGAAUUGACAAAUUUAUGUCCACUGUGAAAGAUGUUGGUGUCAAAGGACUUGUUGUCCCAGACGUUCCUCUCGAGGAGACUGGACUUUUGAGAAUGGAAGCCGUCAAGAACAAUCUUGAGCUGGUGCUGCUCACAACACCUACUACUCCAAAAGAUCGAAUGAAAGCCAUUGUCGAGGCGUCAGAGGGAUUUGUCUAUCUUGUAAGUUCAGUUGGAGUUACUGGUGCCCGUGCCAACAUAAGUGAACGGGUUCAAAAUCUUUUGCAGGAAAUUAAAGAGGCAACAACUAAACCGGUAGCAGUUGGCUUUGGCAUAUCCAAACCUGAGCAUGUGGCACAGAUUGCUGGAUGGGGAGCUGAUGGGGUGAUUGUAGGCAGUGCAAUUGUGAAGCUGCUUGGUGAAGCAAAAUCUCCCGAGGAAGGGUUGAAGGAACUAGAGAUAUUCAUUAGAUCCUUAAAAUCUGCACUUCCUUAAACACAUCAUCAUUGUAUCAAACAAUGUGAUUUGUCCAAAUGGUCACCUUAAGCCCUUAUUACAAUCCUACAUCGGACGGGAUAGUAUGAGUUGCGUGACGUUAUAAGGAUGUGGAAAAGAUCCGUAUCAAUAAUUAUGAUUUUCUGUAUCGACAAUUAUUCAAUCUCUUUAUUGGCCACAAAGUAUAACUUGUAUAUUCGAUC